AUGUGUCUGCAGAGAAUUGACCUGACAAAUGGAGAUGACUGGUACCUCUGUCGCCUGGCGCUCAGCAUGCCCAGUCAGGCCGACCUGCAGUGGGCCAUGUACCCCUCCCCAUACCUGGCAGCGGUGGGGCCAGACGCCACCCCGGGCCUGGUGGUCUACCGUCUCUCUGCUCGGCAACGGGACGGGUCCCAGCGCAACGCCCAGUUCAUCCUGUUAGAGGACACACUCAACCCCACCAAAACCCCACACUGGACCCCCCCCAUCAAACCUCAGCAGAAUCAAUCAGAACAUGUCUUAACCAGAACGUUUCUCUUGUGUGUGUGUGCCUGUGUGUGUGUGUGUGCCUGUGUGUGUGUGUGUGUGUGUGUGCGUGUGCGUGUGUGUGUGCGCGCGUGUGUGUGUGCGUGUGCGUGUGCGUGCGUUGUCCUCCUCCCCCAGACCAUCAAGGCGACCUCCCCCCUCGGUGACCCCCGGGUGACCUAUAACCUGGAGGAGGGUCAGGUGCCGGAGACCAACAUGCCCGUGCGCUUCUACAUCAAGCCCAACCGCGCCGACGGCUCGGCCUCCAUCCUGGUGGCGGAGAACCUGGACUACGAGAGCAACCGCUUCUUCGCCCUGAGGGUCCGCGUGCAGAACGUGGCGGCCGUGCCCCUGGCCUCCUUCACCACCGUCUACGUCAACGUGACCGACGUGAACGACAACGUCCCCUUCUUCCUGUCCUCUACGUACGAGGCCACGGUGGCCGAGGGCGCUGGGGCGGGCGCCGCCGUGGUCCAGGUGUCGGCCACCGACCUGGACUCUGGCCUGCACGGCAUGAUCAGCUACGUCAUCCUGAAGGACGAGAGCGGUGACUCCCAGUACUUCAGCAUCAACUCGUACACGGGGGUGGUCCACACGCGCGCCUCCUUCGACCGCGAGCAGAAGGGCUCGUACCUGAUCGAGGUCCAGUCCCAGGACGGCUCCGAGUCCGCCCGCUCGGGGCAGCAGGGCCAGCCCAACACUGACACGGCUUACGUGAGGAUCUUUGUGGCUGACGUGAACGACAACGCCCCGGCCUUCGACCAAUCGGUGUACGAGGUCAGCGUGGAGGAGGACCAGGAGGUUGGCUUCGUGCUCAUCACCGUGACGGCCAACGACGAAGAUGAAGGUGCCAACGCCAAGCUCCGCUACCAGAUCACGUCGGGCAACGCGCUGGGCACCUUCGACGUGGAGCCCGAGGUGGGCACAAUCUUCGUGGCCCAGCCCCUGGACUACGAGAUGGAGCAGCGCUACGAGCUGCGCCUGGUGGCGUCGGACGGCAAGUGGGAGAACCAGACGCUGGUGGUGGUGCAGGUGGCCAACAAGAACGACGAAGCGCCCGUCUUCCAGCAGACUGAGUACCACGGCGCCGUCAGCGAGGAGAUGAGCCAGCUGCCCGUCUUCGUCCUGGAGGUGUCGGCCACCGACCCAGAUCUGGACGCGGACCAGGCCGCCCUGCGCUACUCGCUCCACGGCCAAGGCGCCGGCACCGAGUUCACCAUCGAUGAGCGCACCGGCCGCAUCUCGGCCCAGCGGCGGCUGGACCGAGAGGAGCGGCCCGCCUGGAGGUUCCUGGUCCUGGCCACCGACCAGAGCGGGACGGGGCUCACCGGCUUCGCCGACGUUCUCCUCGAGGUGCGCGACGUCAACGACAACGCGCCCUUCUUCCCCUGCCCGGCGCCCGCCUCGGACGGCUGCUUCGUCGGGCACGUGGCGGAGAACUCGCCCGCCGACACCUCGGUCAUGGAGAUGCGCGCCACCGACCCGGACGACCCCAAGGAGGGCCGCAACGCCGUGCUCAGCUACCGCAUCAUCCAGAACAUCCGCAACGAGAUCAACCUCAACCUGUUCUCCAUCAACCCCGCCACCGGCACCAUCUUCACCGUGCUGCGCUCGCUGGACCGCGAGGCGGAUGACCGCUACCUGGUGGUGGUGGAGGCCCGGGACGGCGGGGGGCUCACGGGCACGGGGACCGCCACCAUCGUGGUCACGGACGUCAACGACCACCCGCCCGUCUUCACCCAGAGGAUCUACACGGCUCAGGUGGCUGAGGAGCUGGAGGUGAACAGCGAGGUCCUGGUGGUCUCCGCCACAGACGGAGACCAGGGGGAGAACGCCGUGGUCACCUUCAGCAUCGUCAGCGGCGACGAGGACAGGAAGUUCUUUGUGGAGACGGACAAGGUCAACCGGCGCGGCGUCAUCCGGCUCAAAAAGAAGAUCGACUUCGAGAAGCCCCUGGAGAGGACCUUCAACCUGACGCUGAAGGUGGAGGACGCCGACUUCUUCAGCCUGGCCUACUGCCUGGUGCAGGUGGAGGACUCCAACGACCACCCCCCCGUGUUCUUCCCCCAGUUCUACGAGGCGCCCCCCAUGUCCGAGGACGUCCCGGUGGGCACCAUCGUGGCCCAGGUCUCCGCCUCGGACUCUGACUCGGGACAGAACGGCCGCUUCUCCUACACCAUCGCCCAGGACUCUGACCCCUAUGGCCAGUUCAUGGUGGACCAGUCCGGCUGGGUGGUGGUGGCCGCCCCCCUGGACCGGGAGAGGGUCUCGCAGCACCGGCUGGUGGUGCUCGCCACCGACACGGGCAGCCCCCCGCUCACGGGCACCGCCAUCGUCAUGGCGACGGUGCUGGACGUCAACGACAACGGGCCGGAGUUCGAGGCGGCGUACCGGCCCGUGGUGUGGGAGAACGCCGCGGCGCCGCAGACGUUGCGCAUGAACGACACGUCGCUGCUGCUCCACGCCGUGGACCGCGACGCCCCGGCCAACGGCGGGCCCUUCGCCAUCCGCCUGCUCAUGCUGACGUCGGACGCCGCCAACUUCAACCUAACGGACCUGCGCAACGGCAGCGCCGCGCUCACCGCGCUCCGCACCUUCGACCGCGAGCGCCAGAAGGAGUACCGCCUCCCCAUCCUGAUGGUCGACAGCGGCACGCCGCCCAUGAGCUCCACCAGCACGCUGACCGUCGUCAUCGGCGACCGGAACGACCACCCCCACGCGCCGGGCCACACCGACUUCAUCGUGUAUACAUAUGAGGGCAUGCUCCCCGCGACAGUGCUGGGUAAGAUCCAGUCCCCUGACCUGGACGACUGGAGCCAGAAGGAGUAUCACCUGGAAGGACAACCGUCCAGGUUGUUCAGUCUGAACCAGCACUCGGGCCAGCUUAGCAUCAAGGAUGGGGCCCCGCCCGGCUCCUACGACCUGCAGGUGCGGGUGUCGGACCAGACCUGGCCCGACGUGGUCUCCAGCGCCCGGGUCCUGGUGUCCCCGCUCCCAGAGGACGCCCUGCACAACGCCGGCUCCCUGUGUCUGUCCAACCUGACAAAGGAGGACUUUUUCAGCACCCCUGGGGGUGGAGACGGCAGGAACCAGGAGAGCGGGUUCACCAGGCUGGGUCGGGUGCUGGCUGAGCUCCUCCAGACGGACCCUGAGAAGGUGCAGGUGUUCUCGGUGAGCGACGCAGGCCGGCGAGGGGAGAAGGAGCUCAACGUGUGGUUCGCCGCCCACGGGUCGCCCUACUACAAGGCCGAGAAGCUCCACGGAUAUGUGGCCGCGGGCCGGGCCGAGCUGGAGACUGCUCUUGGCGUGACCAUCUCCCAGGUGGGCGUGGACGACUGUCCCUACACCGACUGCAGCCAAUCGGAUGGCUGCAGCACGGUGGUGUCCUUUAGCCCCGUCGCCGUGGAGCUGAGCUCCGGCAACACCACCCUGGUGUCGGUGGCCGCCUCCACCGAGGCCAGGUGUGGGUGCGGCGGACGGGAGAGACCCCACCUGUCCUGCUCCUCCUACCCAGCCAAACCCUGCCUCAACGGGGGCACCUGCCAGGACAGUGACCUGGGCUACAGGUGUCAGUGUCCUCCUAUGUACGACGGCCCAGAGUGCCAGCAGACCAAGCACACCUUUGGGGGGCAGGGCUAUGCCUGGUUUCCUCCCAUCAGGCCUUGCUUCCAGAGCCACAUCUCCCUGGAGUUCCUGGCCCAGUCAGCCAAUGGGCUGCUCCUAUACAACGGCCCACUAGGCGCCGCCCACCUGGGGGAGCCAGAGGACUUUAUCGCUAUAGAGCUGAGGAACGGGGUCCCCACUCUCAGUAUAAACCACGGUUCAGGAACCCUGACUCUCCAGCUCCCCCUGCAGGCCAGUAUCACGGACCGCCGCUGGCAUCGCCUCGAUGUCCUCAGUGACGGGAAGGUGGUCCAGCUGCUCCUGGACCAGUGCGGGGGGGCUCUUGUGAACGAGGUGGAGGGUCUGGUGGCAGAGGGGACAGAGAUGGACCAGAGUGGUUGUAGGGCCUCAGGAGAGAGCCCUGGGAACCAACGGUACCUGAAUGUCUACCAGCCUCUUCAGCUUGGGGGCAUGAAGGAGAUCUCCCCCCACAGACGAUACAGGAGCUACGCGGGCUGCAUCCGCAACCUGCAGGUGGACAGCCAGGUGUAUGACCUGGGCGCCCCAGGGGAGAGGUACUCGUCCCCGGGCUGUGGGCUGACUGACGGGGUGUGUGUGACGAGCGCAGGGCCCUCCUGCGGGGUCCACGGGCGCUGCCUGGGGGAGUGGGGCUCCUUCAGCUGUGACUGCGACCCCGGGUACACUGGACACAAGUGUGACCAGGUGGUGCCAGAGUGGUCUCUGGACCAGGACAGCGUCCUGUGCUACCAGCUGAGAGGAGGGGGCAGCCCCCGCCGCACGCAUGCCCAGUUCCUGCUGCGCACCCGCGCCUCCACGGGCACACUGCUGUCCACGACGUCCCGGGACGGCAGCGAGUACAUCAUCCUGGAGAUCACUGAGGGCCACCUCUCGGUGAGGGCCAACCUGGGAGACGGCCCCCACUCCCUGCGUCUGCCCGACCACCGCAUCGACGGGGGCCAGUGGGUACUGGUCAGCUUCUAUCGCCACGACAACGUGUUCCGGCUGAAGCUAGAGCAGGGCGGGGGCUCGCGGGAGGUGCAGGCCCAGCUGGGGGGCCGGAGGGAGAUCGUGGUCCAUCCCGCCAGCAUCCAGCUGGGGAACGGGCCCGGGGCCGAUGAGGGGGCCGACUUCCAGGGGUGUCUCCGCGACGUGCGUCUGAACGGCCACAGCCUCCCGCUGGACGGCCGCAGCUCAGAGUUCGUGGCGGUGCUGGAGCGACGCGGGGUGGGCCCCGGCUGCUCCUCAGAGGCCUGCAGCUCCAGGCCCUGCAGGGGGCCCCUCUACUGCGUCGACUUGUGGAGGAAACACGAGUGCAGGUGUCCAGGCAGUCAGGUGGCGGUGUCGGACGCGGCCUCAGGGCAGGAGCGCUGCGUCCCGUCGCCAUGUCUACCGUCGUCAUGCCGCAACGGGGGCGUGUGCACGCCCCUGUCCCCGGAGAGCUACCGCUGCCGCUGCCAGGCCGGGUUCAGAGGUCAGCGCUGUGAGGUCGGCCAGGUCAAAGGUCACCUGCUGGCCACCCUCAGCCCCAGCUCCAUCCUGGCCAUCAGCAUGUGUCUACUGGUGUUCUUUGCCGUGCUGGUGGCAGUGACGGUGUGGAACCAGAAGGGGAGCCGCAGUAAGUUCCGGAAGAGAGGAGUUUACCACAUCCCCGCCGAGCACGCCAGCUGGGAGGACAUCAGAGAGAACAUCCUCAACUACAACGAGGAGGGAGGAGGGGAGCAGGACCAGAAUGCAUACGACAUCACAGAGCUGAAGCGUCCACUAUGUUCCAGUCUGUCCCAAUCCUCCUCAUGCACCACAGCCCCCCUCAUCAAGUCCUACCAUGGCUCCCAAGAGGAGGUGCACCCCUCUGGCUCCUCAUGCAGCUCCGGGGCCCCUUACCUUUGCAUUCCCAAUCAUCAUCACCACCACCAGCACCAUCAUCACCACCACUCUGGCAACGCUAACUAUGCCGCAGAGGCUAAUGAUGCUAGCUACGCAAACGGUCAACAAUGUGCUAACCCUGGUACUCCAAUUAAUGUGGACGGCGAGACGCGCGACGCCGUGGGAUUCACCAACGCCCUCCUGGCUAAGUCGCACUCCCAGGUGGACUUCAAGAACUACGUAGCCCGCAUCAUCUGGGAGGCAGACAAUGACGGGGAAGCUUGCCCGCUGGACGCAUACCACGUGUGGUGUGUGGAAGGCGCAGGCUCAUCGGUCGGAAGCCUGAGCUCACUGGGGUCAGCCGCCUCUGUAAAUCGCCCAGGAGACCAAGGGGACGAGGCUGGGUUCGGGCACGACAGGCUUUCUCGCUGGGGCACCAAGUUCCAGGCUCUGAGCACCAUGUACGACCGUCCCCAGCUAGAGCUCUCGUACAGAGACGCAGUGAGCUACAUGCACCGAAGCCACAGCCAGGACCUCCUUCCUCAUCCACGUUAGGAUUGCCGGAACAUAGCGCCACACUCAAAAAAAGACCCACACACACACACACACACACACACACACACACACACACACACACACACACACACACACACACACACACACACACACACACACACACACACACACACACACACACACACACACACACGCACACAGCCUAUACACAGCUCUGGCCCUUGACUGCCAUCACUCAUUAGCACAUCAGUGACCCUGUGGAGAUCCUAUGUAGCACAAUUACACUACUUUGCUAUGACAAGUCGUUCUGUUCUAUCUCUAACUGGUGCCAUCCAAGGAAGGAAUCAACCGGGUACAGGAAAAUGAUUACAGCAGGUGUGAAGGCUAGCCAACCGUUUAAAUGUAGUUUCCUGUUGAUUGGGGCACUAUAUUCCUGUCUGGACAUGCACUGGACACCUGUUUAUUUGCAUAAAGGUUUCGACUUGUUUUCUAUGACGAGGAUAACUGACAAUACAGGAAACUCUGACGUAUAGCGAGGAGAUUUAAUGCUUGGUGUUAUGAGGCCCUUUAAUUGAGAUCUGUUUGCAGGAAGCACACUGAGACUGGCUUCAAGUCUGCGUGAGAUCAUGUACCAGCUUUACAUUGUUGGAGGGGUAACCAAUAUAUGAAAAUGAAACAGUUAUUUAUUGGGGUUCAUUGUUAUCUUUAAAGAGGUGUACCAUGUACCAUAUUUAUAUUUUUGUUGUCAGGUGGUUCAAACAUGCACAUCACACACACUGCCUCUCCACAAUGACACAUCAUACAAGGUACAGAUGCUUUGUGCCGUUUUGUAUUAUGAGAUUAAGGUUAGAAGAAUUAUGUUUAUGUGUGUGUUUAUGGUAUAAUGCAGAUCAUAACUUUAGAUUCUCUAUUGACAAGCUUCAAAGUCCUAUUGUUAUAUAUUUUUUGCAAAUUCACCCCUGACAAGUUCUGUGUCCUCUGCACAGCCACAAACACUCACCUGCUGUUCAUAUCCCCUCCACUGGUACUAUUCUGUAAAGGCUCUGACCUGGGUCCAUUAUGCACAUUUGAUGCAUAUUCUGUUGAUUGUCCGAUUGCAGUGGGAAGUUGCAGUUGAUGGAUCAUUUCAAGGUGUAAUUGAUUUAUUGUAUGUAUUACUAAGUCAUGCAAACAGCUAUGAUUCACAGGAUGUAGAUUGUUAGUCAAUACAUCGUGUCCUCUGUUAUCCCGAUAGCAGAUCCAAGCGAAUUGAUUGACACGACCACCACUGGUGGAACAGUGUGUGGAAUGUCAUCAUCGCCCUCUGAUUAUGAGCAGUGAUGAAUAAUAGACCAGCUGAGAUUGCAUUUAUUUUGCUGAGUGAGUUGGACCAGUCAACUGUACCCGCACUCACAAAAAAGAACCCCUCCAUCAAAAAGGUUUCAUUUUAGCAGCGGCUAAUAUAUUUCAUUUCUGACCAACCAGUUUCAACAAAAUGUACCAGCCAAACCAGAGUUUACUACCGGAUAGCACAUGCCAAAUUCAGUGCUAGAGCGCAAAGUCCAUUACCAAAACAUUAUUAACCAGCUUUUCAUCUGAUGAUGUGAUAAAAAGAAACCCAACUUAUAUAAUUGCUCUCUGUGUUCGAUGUCCCUUUUGUGUUGUCAUGACAACGUUUAAUGAAUGUAUUGUUUAUAAGUCGAUGGGGGAAAGAGUGAUUCACAAAAAGUGUUUAAAGAGUUUAAUGGUGAAAAGAACAAUGUUAAUGAAAAAAAUAAUCAUGUUCAAAUGAAGGUAAUCAUUCCAAAAUAUAGUUCAUGGAUUUAUAUCAUAACAAGCACUGGUACCCCAGAACAACUCAUUGAACUGUCAUUUAAUGGCAGUUUAUUGUUUGAAGGCUAUUUUACAAAAAUAACUUUUAAUAUUUAGACAGUAAGUGCUUCAUAGACAUCAAAAGAUCAUAUGUUUACCCCUGAACCUUAAAUCUUAGAGCGUCCCUUAAAAGGACUUGUGCAGAAAGCUAUGCAUCCAAAUUAACCUACACGGGUGUUUUAUAAACCUCUUUUCAACUUCAAGAAAUGUUUGUGUUUUAAAGCUCUGAUGGCACUUGGUAGCUGCUGAUGUUGCUUAACGGUGUCAUUGGUGUCAUUGUUUUAUUAAGAUGUGAAGCUGUGUUUGUGUUGAUGUGUGUAGAAAUCUCUCACACACACAUAUACACAAUAUAAAUAAAAAAUAAAAAACUCUUUUUUUGCACCCCAGCAAGCCAGUGUUAAAAUGGACUGAAUAGUCGCGAUGUGGUUAUGUAUGAUAUUAUGUAUAUAUGUACCUUUUAUAGCUACCUAACAUGGAAUAUUCCUUUUCUAUAUGAAUUUUAAUAAAAUAAUGUUCCCCAAUUUAA